GUCUAACCAUAAUUAGGUCAGUCAGCCACAAACACGUGUUCAAGCAGGUAAAAAGAGCAUUCUAAAAACCUCCACUGUCUCACAAGUCAAACAUAGCCACGCAGCAUAAAACAAGCAAGUUCUUUCAUCAGCACGAGAACCAAUUCCUUGUCAUCAUGACCCCUGUAACUGCUCCAGCUGACACCCAAAUCUCCCGACGCACAGCUUUUCUAAAAGGCAAGCCCAAAGCACUGGGGACUGUGCAGAUCAUGAUCGGAAUCAUGACUCUCUUGUUCGGUAUCGUUUUAAGCUCGUUUACUGUUACACCUGCAAUCAUCAGUGGUAUCACUGUGUGGGGAUCACUUAUCUAUAUAAGUUCUGGUGCUCUGUCGGUUGCUGCAGGGAACAACUACAAUUCCUGCAUGGUGAAAGCCUCGUUGGGAAUGAAUGUGUUCAGUGCUGUGGCUGCAGGUGUCACCCUCAUUUUGUUUCCAGUGGACAUGUUGUAUGGGUCUACACUCAUUCCCUGGUGUCAACACUAUUACUAUGACAGAUAUUUCAGAUGUGAUUAUUCCUCCGUGCAUAUGUGGAACGGAAUCUAUGGAGUGCUGUUGGUUUUCUCUCUGCUUGAGUUCAUCAUUUCUAUCUGCACUUCUGCAUUCGCCUGUAAAGUCACCUGCUGCAGUGAAACUACACUGAUAUAUUCACAGCCGAUGAAUUCACAACCGAUGUAUUCACAGCCGAUGAAUUCACAGAUGAUGAAUUCACAGCCGAUGUACAAUCCUGCGUUCUACAACCCACAGGUUCCACAACAAUCGUCUGUAAUCACCUACAACAAUGUUUAAAUAAUAGUUCGGUUAUUUUCUGAAACCUGGCAUACUUUUGCAGUCAAAUCCUGCUCAUUGAUGUCUCUUCAUUGUUAAAGCUUUGAAUUAUGUAUCAUGUCUAAAAAUGAUCUCUGAAUAAAUUUGUGUUAUGUAAUGAUGGCUUUUGAU